AUGGCGUAUGAGUCCAAAAAUCCAGCCCGUACCGGCAAAAAGGCACAAAAUGAAGACUCAGGAAAGAAUAAGCAUAGCUUGAUAUCUCUUUUCAGCUUUACAACUCAAAGACACAUACCGAUCCUCACCGUCGGAUCAAUCUUCGCUGUAUUUGCUGGCUGUGUGACACCAGUGAUUGCAAUAUUCUUGGGAAACAUUUUUGAUGCAUUCACUUCCUUUGGUGCUAAUGAGAUUGAUUCUGAAGUGCUUCGUGCGAAGAUCAUGCAAAGUUGCCUCGGGUUGGUCGGAUUGGGAGCAGCUGUUCUGUUUCUGAAUGGAGCAUACUUUAUGCUAUUCGUCGCCUUUGGCGAACUUCAAGCUGCCAGUAUCCGAAGAAUGGUGUUUGCUGAACUCCUCAAACGAGAUGUCGAAUGGUUUGAGGCUCAGGGAGAAGGAUCUGGAGCUUUUCUCUCCGGGAUCCAAGCACAUAUUCACGACUUGCAGGUGGCAACUUCUCAGCCUCUAGGCCUUCUUAUCCAGUACGGCUGCCGAGUAUUGGCAUCUCUUAUUUUAGGUUUCUAUACAUCUUGGAAGCUCUCCCUCGUCACUCUUGCAGGGAUACCACUAUUUUCGGUCCUCAUCGCUUAUCUCUCUACGAGAAUGAAAUCCAGUAUCACAGCACAGCAAGACCAACUCACCCAUGCCUCGAAAAUAGCAAUAAAUGCCAUCUCCUCGAUUGAUACAAUCAAGUGUCUCAAUGGCCAAGCCCUCGAGUCGCGCAGUUAUGCCAGUCGUAUUCAACAAUCUGCUAUCCAUUACCUUAGACAGGCCCGUUUGAACUCUUUGCAGAUUGCCCUCAUCAGAUGGAUGAUGUUUGGGAUGUUCGUUCAAGGCUUCUGGUUUGGCAGCUCCCUUGCUCGCAGAGGAGAGUUGUCGUCUGGCGAUGUCGUCAGAACAUUUUGGGCAUGCACCACUGCAGCUCAAUCGAUUGAGCAGGUACUACCGCAGGUGAUAGUCAUCGAAAAGGCAAAAGUUGCAGCUCUUCUGCUCAAACUUCUUGUAAGGGACUAUUCCAAGGACAGAUUUGCUGUUGAAACAAAAGGCCGCCUGUGUCCGUCUCACUGCGAGGGCGAUAUUGAAGUCAAGAAUGUAUCGUUUUCUUAUCCAUCUCAGCCAGACAGAUGUGUUCUGAAGCCAUCAAGCUUCUUCUUUCCGGCUGGCGAGACAACUUUCGUAAUCGGUCAAAGCGGCUCCGGCAAAAGCACACUCGGUCAACUGCUCAUGAGAUUUUAUGCACCGACAACCGGACAGAUUUUGAUUGAUGGAAACCCCUUAUCGUCUCUUGCCAUAAACUGGAUUCGAAACAACGCGACCCUGGUUGAGCAGCGCAGUGUCUUGUUCAACGAUACUAUAUUCCAUAACAUUGUGCUCGGGUACCAAAACCACGAUCGUAAGACCGUUUCCAGCAAGGAUAUCCAAGAGGCUAUUGAUCUUGCUAUGCUCGGCAACACCAUCCACUCACUACCAAAAGGGCUAAGUACAUCUGUCGGCCCUGGUGGUAGCUUAUUGAGUGGAGGUCAGCGGCAGCGAGUUGCCAUUGCUCGAGCCAAGCUGCGCGAUACACCGAUUCUGAUUUUGGAUGAACCCACGAGUGCGCUAGAUCAAACGAACCGUGUGGCAGUGAUGAAAGCAAUCCGCGGAUGGCGAAAGAACAAGACCACCAUUAUUAUUACGCAUGAAAUGUCGCAAAUCAAGGGAGAUGACUUCAUCUACAUACUUGAGAAUGGAUCAAUCGUGCAGUCAGGCUACAGAAAUGAUGUCGAAAAGCAACCCGGCAGUGAGAAAUACUUCCAUUCAAAAAUAAAGACUAAGAUAAAGACGCCAAUUGCUCCAUCCUUGUCUCCGGCUAGGGAUAGCUGUUCAGAUACUUGGUCCCUUGAUACUCUGGAAGACGUGGAACCCAUCAUGCCUCGCCGAGCUCUUCACAAUCGCAGAUACUCGUGGGCACAACACCACAUCCCUCCCGGACUUCGCACAAGUAUGGCUGCAGUUCCGAUUCAGGGGUUUGCACUCUGUUCUAAUGUUGCUGAUGGCGCCACACAUGUUGCUGUAAACCGGCAGUCUCUUCUGUUCUCUCCACUGAAUAUCAACCCACCAGAAGUGACAAGGACAAACUAUACACUUGUACCAACUGACGAGAUUGAAAUGACUCAGAUAGACGGAUACGACUCAAGAUCUAAUGGUACUUUGCGGCGUCGAUCACAUGGUAGGCGCUCAAAGACUCGUUCUCUGCGUCGUUCACAGUCCCUAAAAAGUCUUCACGUGAACUCGAGCCAUAAUGCUAUUCCAUUAGCCCCAUUGAGUCAGAUCAUGAGCACCAUUUGGUAUAAUUUGACUUGGAGAGAGCGUGUCGUUCUCAUUUUGGGUAUUGCAUCCGCACUCGUCCACGCCAGCGCCACUCCGAUCUUUUCUUAUUGUCUUUCUGAACUUAUAGCAACAUUCUAUGUGGGAAAAGACAGUGCCAAAUUAUCCAUGAGAUGGUCCCUCGCCGUGCUGGGUGUUUCAAUUGGAGAUGGAGCCUCAUCUUUUUUCAUGCAUUACUUUCUCGAAUACUCUGCUGAGGCGUGGAUGGAUACUCUGAGGAAGGAGGCCUUCAAGCGAAUUCUUGAUCAACCAAGGGUUUGGUUUGAAAAAGAAAGCAACAAGUCUUCCAGACUUUCAUCUUAUCUCAAUCAGAAUGGAGAGGACAUGCGCAAUCUUCUUGGCCGUUUUGCUGGCUUUGUUAUUGUUGCUGCUGCCAUCAUGGUCAUCGCCAUUAUCUGGAGCUUCUUUGUCUGCUGGAAGCUGACAUUGGUGGCUUUAGCGUGUGGGCCCGCUAUCUAUAUCAUAACACGAGGCUUUGAAGGCUCCAAUGGUCGGUGGGAACGGCGCUGCAAUGAAGGUUCAAGUGUUGCAGCCGAUAUCGUCACAGAGACUUUCUCCGAGAUUCAGACAGUACGAACACUUACGUUGGAGGGAUAUUUCCAUCGCAAGCAAGCAGUGGCUAUCAUGGAUUGUCUGAGGCUAGGAGUGAAGCGAGCAAUCUACACUGGUGCUCUCUUUGGAUUGGUCGAAGCAACCAUCAUCUUUGCAACUGCAUUAAUUUUUUAUUAUGGUGGAGAGCUCGCAGCAAACUUAGAGUUCUCGGUGGAUGAUGUGGUGCAGGUAUUCUCGCUUCUUCUCUUCGGCAUUGGAUAUGCGGCACAGAUCUCAUCAUGGAUUCCCCAGAUAAACACCUCCCGCGAAAUAGCAACGAACCUCAUCCGUCUAUCCGAGCUUCCGAAAGGUGGUUCUCACGAGCAUCGCGGAUUCCAAUUGCUCCCAAAACUAACACCAAUCAAAUUUGAGAACCUCAAUUUCCGAUAUCCCUCUCGACCUAAGACGCUAGUCUUGAAGAAUGUCUCAAUGAAAAUUUCGCAGAAUUCAUGCACGGCCAUUGUGGGACGUUCAGGGUCCGGCAAGUCCACCAUCGCCUCACUACUCUUAUCGCUCUACGAGGCUCCCGUGUCAAGGGAUCUUCGUCCAACUGUGACGCUAGGCGAAGAGGAUAUCUUGCGGCUUCAUGUGCCAACUCUCCGUUCACAGAUUGCCAUUGUUUCGCAACAACCAACUAUAUUCCCCGCAACAAUCUUCGCCAACAUCAACUAUGGGAUUGACGACCACUCUCCAUUAGCAUCCUUGGCUGCUGUUCGAGUCGCCGCUCAAGCAGCUGGUAUUGACGAGUUCAUAGCCUCACUUCCUAUGGGGUAUUCCACUGUCAUUGGUGACGGUGGAAUCGGGUUAUCGGGAGGCCAGAAGCAGCGAGUGGUUAUUGCUCGGGCCAUACUACGCAACCCACAGAUAUUAAUUCUCGAUGAAGCAACAUCUAGUCUUGAUCCGGUCAGUGCUGAAGUCGUUCGUCAAACGGUACAACAGCUCGUAUCUACCCGUCAAGACCUGACUGUCAUCAUUAUUACCCAUAGUCGCGAGAUGAUCCAGAUAGCAGACCAUGUGAUUGUGCUAGAUCAGGGUGUUGUAGUGGAAGAUGGGACAUACAAGACUCUCUCACAGCGAGUAGGGGGCAAGCUAUUUGAACUUAUGAAUGAUCCUGAAGAUAGUGGCGAGAUGUAG